AUGGAAGAACAUCAUCUUACUCCAUUAGCUGUUACUCAUCUUCUUCAACACACUCUAAGAAGUUUGUGCAUCCAUGAUAAUUCUCAAUGGGUUUAUGCUGUUUUCUGGAGGAUCUUACCUAGAAACUACCCUCCUCCCAAGUGGGAAGGACAAGGGGCUUAUGAUAGAUCAAGAGGAAAUAGAAGGAAUUGGAUAUUGGUUUGGGAAGAUGGAUUCUGCAACUUUGCAGCAUCAGCAGCAGCACCUGAAAUAAACUCUGCCGGUGAUUGUCCUAACUCGUCGUCAUCAGUUUACGGGAACUGCGAAUUAAUUCAGCCUUACCAAGGUCUUCAACCUGAGCUUUUCUUCAAGAUGUCACACGAGAUCUAUAACUAUGGUGAAGGAUUGAUUGGAAAAGUAGCUGCAGAUCAUAGUCAUAAAUGGAUAUACAAAGAACCUAAUGAUCAAGAAAUUAAUUUCUUGUCAGCAUGGCAUAAUUCAGCAGACUCACAUCCUAGGACUUGGGAAGCUCAAUUCUUGUCUGGUAUAAAGACCAUAGCCCUCAUUGCUGUUAGAGAAGGUGUUGUUCAAUUAGGAGCUGUUCACAAGGUGAUUGAAGAUUUGAGCUAUGUGGUUCUACUAAGAAAAAAAUUCAGCUACAUAGAAAGCAUACCAGGAGUACUUCUCCCACACCCUUCAUCAUCUGCAUACCCAUAUGGCGUUCCAACAGACCAAUGGCAUAAUUUCCAAGGAAGCAUUGCAGUUGCACCACAACAUCAACAACAACAUGGUGAUCAACUAUAUGACCAUUUCAUGAACAACAACAACAACAACUUGCCAAUGAAAGUAACUCCAUCAAUGAGUAGUCUUGAAGCAUUACUCUCAAAGUUACCUUCAGUUGUUCCACCACAACAUCAACAAACACAAACACAACAUGUUCUAGCACCAUUGGAAUUCAUGGGAGGAAUGCAGAAAGUUGCAAAACAAGAGUUAGAUGAAGAAGAACAAGAAGAGGUUUAUAGACCUGAACAGCUUGAUGUUGGUGAGAGUAGUAGUUCUAUGUCAGGAUAUCAUCAUCAUCAACAGCAUCAACAUCAUUUUCAUCAAAAUAUAAAUAAAGGAUCCAACAAUAUUAAUGGAUAUAAUUAA